AGCAUUCUUUCAUACUGUCUAACAUUCAGUGGCUGGCUUUUCGAAUAACAAUCCAGUGAGGUGUCGUCUUAUAAAGCUGGCAUACAGAGCGGACUGCAACAAGGCAUCAAGAAACAGCGCUUCAAACGCCUGGGCGUCGGGAUCUUUGCGAAAACAGUACAGCACACAGCUUUCCGGAUGUCAAAGACGCUGGUGGCAACUUUCAGCUGAAGUAUCUAUAGGUGUGCGAAGUCAACCUGGACGUCAGCAUUGAAAACCAUGCUGGAAACCUUGAUACUGACCUUCGUCGUCACGCUUACAACAUGGUUCAUUAUACAACGAAAGAGACGCCUGUCGUUCUUCAAAGAUCUCGGCAUCACGGGACCUCCUCCAAGCUUUCUUACCGGAAACCUGUCUGAAAUUGUAGAAAAGGGAGCGCUAAUGGCAUUCAAGCACUGGUUAGACAAAUACGGAGACAUCGUCGGUUUCUACAAUGGGGCUCACCCAUUCCUUAUCGUCAAAGACAAAGAGCUUGCCAAGAAGAUCCAAAUAAAGGACUUCCACAAUUUCCACAGCCGAGGACUGUCGUCAAGCUUCGCACGGAACCACCCUAUCAACAAGCAUAGCAUGAUGAAUACGGAGGGCGACCGCUGGAAAGAAAUGCGCAGCCUGAUUUCGCCAGCCUUUACGACGAGAAACAUGAAGAAGAUGGUGAAUUUAAUGGAUGACAGCACCAAUACUUUUCUCAAUGUCAUCGAGGACAUGCGGUCGAAGCAUAAAGCCAUCGAGUUUCGGGAGCUCUUCCAGAGGCUUACGGCCGAAGUCAUGAUUCGAUCAGCGUUUGGCCUCCAAUCGAACCUGCAGAAGAAAGGUCGAACAAACAGCACCGCAGGGUCACUCUUUCAGGAGGGUUUGGAGACUUUUCAACAAUUUCGUCGCGAAUGGAUAAACUUUCUUAGCGCGUGCUUUCCAGAGUUUUCAGUUUUGUGGAGAGCGAUCAUAUCAUACCGUUCUCGGCAUAACAAGACUGCCACAGACAAAUCUUUUGAUGAAAUCACUCCUAUUAUACAGUUCCGCCGUGAAAACAAUGAGAAAAAUAGGACCGAUCUCCUCCAGUUGAUGCUCAAUGCCGAAGCAGAGGAUGAAAUGCCAGUCAGCCUGCACUCACUCGCUGCAUCCUACGAUGUUGAUAGCGCAUCCGAAGAGAAACAGCCGGUUGAAACGGUAAACGUUAGCGCGAAGAAGCGACGUUUGACAAAUGUUGAAAUUCUGGCGAACGGAUUCGCUCUCUUCAUGGCUGGGUUCGAGACGACGGGCACAACUUUGGCUUGCAUGGCCUACCUUCUCGCAAAACACCAGGAUGUUCAAGAUCGACUUCGAGAAGAAAUCCUUGCUGUCCUGAAUAGAGAUGGAGGGUUUAUGUACGACAACGUCUUUAGCAUGAAAUACAUGGACCAAGUAAUAUCUGAAACACUUCGCUGUCAUUCACCAGUUACAGGCUUCACGACAAGAAGGUGCGCUCGUGACUACGUCCACAACGGUAUCACCAUACCUGCUGGAACCAGCAUCGUUAUUGCCAACCAUUACAUGAGCAACGACCCAGCUUACUGGAAGGAACCCGAAAACUUCGAUCCAGAAAGAUUCAGCCCGGAAAACAAAUGCCAGGUAGAUCCCACCGUGUACCAGCCUUUUGGUCAAGGCCCUCGGAACUGCGUAGGAAUGCGCUUCGCUCAGCUGGAGAUGAAACUAGCCAUGGCGAAGCUACUGGCACAAUACAAGCUUAUUCUGGACGACCGUCACAUUAAGGAGAAACAUUUGGAGAUUGGAUCGUCAUUCAUCUUGGCGUACCCCAUAAACGGAGUAUGGCUCAAAGUCGAAAAAAUUUCGCAAUGAGGUCUGCAUUUUUCACGGACCCAAGAAAUUAUUCAGCACUGAAGCUAUUUAUCCAAGUUGUGCACUCUAUGAAACAUAUCUGAAAAUAACCUGGUUCUUUCACUUUAUUAACAA